AGUGAGUGACGUUGCGCCGAGGCCCUCCUGGACGACAGCUUCAUGGACGCGCUCGCCGAGAAGAUCACGCUCAGGCUCGGGGCCGGCACGUUCGAGGGCGGCGGUGCGGCACCAGCGUCGCAGGGCAUGCGGGGUGCCACCUUGGCCCCGGACCUUCCGUCGUUUGCGGAGCCGGAGGCCAGGGUCGAUGCCACGCGGGUGCCUCCCGCGCUGCUGCCGGCGAGCUCGGCCCGGGCCCAGACGGAGGCCGCGGCGUCCACGCUGGCGACUGUCAGCGACGUGAACAUGUUCACGCAGGAGAAGAUGUAUUUCGAGUCCUACGUGAGGCUCCUCGUCAAGCCAGAGCAGGUGGCUGCCCAGCGGCACGCGGUGCCGUACCCUGGAGAAAUGCUGGCGCCAGACAUUUCGCUCAUCACCAUGGGCAGCAAACCGAACAUGGCGAUGCCGCCGAAGGCUCCAGAGUUUGACGAAAGUGGCAACAUGAUUGAGGAUGAAGACAAUUUCGAUGAGUUCGAGCGUAACAACGCGGUGGCUUUCUCUUUUGUACGGCACAACCGCUAUGAACCAAUCGAGUCAUUGAUGCAGCAGGACACUGAUGUCUUAGGGGUUACGGACCCGAUGGGGAAUACAUUGUUGCACGUCGCGUGUCAGAACAAUAACCGGAGGAUCGUCAAGCUGCUGGUCAAGCAUGGCGUCCGCCUCGACGCGCAGAACAACAGCGGCAACACGGCGCUCCACUAUUGCAUCCAGUACGGCUUCGUGCAGCUCGCAGACUUCCUCAUGGCUCAUGGCGCCGACGACUCCAUCGCCAAUGCGGCAGGGUAUCUACCGGCCCAGGGCCUGGGUAAGGACAGCGGUGUCGAAGCUGCCCAGGCUGGGCUGCGAGCGGGCGGCGCAGCGUGAACAGCAGCGAGCUUUGCCUCGGGUUUUCCUCCCCGUCCUGCGACCGGGGAUCUUAGUUAGUAGGUCAGUUAUUUUGUCUUAGUUAGGUAGUGAGUUCUCAUUCUGUCAAUCUCCCCAGCACGAUCACCUGCAUGCCGUUGCUGCACCCUCUCAAGACACAAGUCGCAUCGCCUUUUCGGGGAGGGGGCCUGUGGGGUCCUAAGGUUUCCACAUAUUGACUUCCGAGCUCUGCCGAAGGGCUCGGUAGAACCACAUUGGGGCAAUUUGGGAAGUCGUGCCAUGGUGCUUUCGCAAAGCGAAGCGGUG